CCGGAAGUGCGAGCGGAGCCACGUGGGUGGAGCCGGCGCCGCGCAGGUCGCAUGGGGGAGUCUAUCCCGCUCGCCGCCCCGGUGCCGGUGGAGCAGGCGGUGCUGGAGACGUUCUUCUCCCACCUGGGCAUCUUCUCUUACGACAAGGCCAAGGACAAUGUGGAGAAGGAACGGGAGGCCAACAAGAGCGCGGGGGGCAGCUGGCUGUCGCUGCUGGCGGCCCUGGCGCACCUGGCCGCGGCCGAGAAGGUCUAUCACAGCCUCACCUACCUGGGGCAGAAACUAGGGGGCCAGUCAUUCUUCAGCAGGAAGGACUCCAUCCGCACCGUCUACACCUCCCUGCAUAACGAGCUGAAGAAAGUGGUGACGGGCCGAGGCGCCCCGGGCGGGACGGCUCCUCACGUGGAGGAGCUUCUCCCCCACCUGUCAGAGCAGCUCUGUUUCUUUGUCCAGGCUCGGAUGGAGAUGGCAGACUUCUACGAGAAGAUGUACGCCCUCAGCACGCAGAAGUUCAUCAACACGGAGGAGCUGGUUAGCGUUUUGGAUGCCAUCCUCAAGAAAUACAGCUCCAGAUUUCACCACCCUAUCCUUAGCCCUCUGGAGAGCAGUUUCCAGCUGGAGGUGGGUGUGCUGAGCCAUCUCCUAAGGGCGCAGGCCCAGAUCUCCGAGUGGAAGUUCCUCCCUUCCCUGGUGACCUUGCACAACGCUCACACGAAGCUUCAGAGCUGGGGCCAGACCUUUGAGAAGCAGCGGGAGACCAAGAAACACCUGUUCGGGGGGCAGUCUCAGAAGGCCGUGCAGCCCCCACACCUCUUCCUCUGGCUGAUGAAACUCAAAAACAUGCUCCUGGCCAAGUUCAGCUUUUACUUCCACGAGGCGCUGAGCCGCCAGACUACGGCUUCAGAAAUGAAAGGGCUGACUGCGAAGGCUAACCCAGACCUCUUUGGGAAGAUCUCCAGUUUCAUCAGGAAAUACGACGCUGCCAAUGUGUCCUUAAUUUUUGACAACCGAGGCUCAGAGAGCUUUCAGGGUCACGGCUACCACCACCCACAUUCCUACCGAGAGGCCCCUAAAGGGGUGGACCAGUACCCGGCCGUAGUGUCUCUGCCCAGUGACAGGCCGGUCAUGCACUGGCCCAAUGUCAUCAUGAUCAUGACAGACCGAACAUCGGACCUGAACAGCCUGGAGAAAGUGGUCCACUUCUAUGAUGACAAAGUGCAGAGUACCUACUUCCUGACCCGCCCAGAACCCCACUUCACCAUCGUUGUUAUUUUUGAGUCCAAGAAAUCUGAGAGAGACUCCCAUUUUAUUUCCUUCCUCAACGAACUCUCUCUUGCCCUUAAGAACCCCAAAGUGUUUGCAAGUCUGAAACCCGGAUCCAAAGGUUAGCAGGAGCUUGCCCAAGGAUUUCCAAGACUGGAUACGGUGUUCCUCGUUGCUCCGAGGGGCAACGGUAGUUUGUGACUAGAAUUUACGUCCACUCAUGCUUCUUUGGGAGCUGAGCUAAAGACAGAUCUUCCCUAAUCAUGUUGCACACUUCUUAAGCAAUUAAGACCAAGGAUGGAAUCUCCAAAGAGUAGUCUAGGAAGUGCCGUGGCUACAGCAAAGUAGUGUCAGUAUUUUCCCGUUUCCUGUGUCUCCUGUAGAUGGGAUGUUGAUCGUUCCUUCAUGUACCUUUCCAGAUUUUUUUGUUCUUAUUCUGAACAUUGUGCCCCAACUCACUUCUCAGCAUCCUCUCUCUCUGUCCCUGAAGAGCAGCCAGGAUACGAUACCAGAUGGGACUGUUCCAGUCUCAUUGACGCGCAUGUUAACCCGUUUGACAGGUUCGUCUAAUUAGUGUCAUGCUGUAAUUAGAACCUUGGUGAGAGAUUUCUAUCAGGUAGUGAAGUGGGAGAUGAUCGGUUGGUAUCGACCCUUAUGGCAACUCAACCAGCCACAGGCUCUUUUCAGGUGACCGCCACACCCAUCUGCAUUUGUUGUUUUUACCUCUAAAACGCUUGGUGUUACUCUGUUUGAAGUCAGCCCAAGGCGGCGUGCAGGGUUUCUCCACGUGGGUUUACCCGCUUGACGUCACUUCCCUGCCCGACUGUGUUUACAUCUGGCCCUGUCUGGUUACUCUCAGGUUUAGAAAGCAUGCAGCCGUGUGUUUGUAGCCGUGUUUUAGGUUCUCACACAACACAGCUUUUAUAAAAUCAAAAUGAUGGUCUUGAUACUUCGUGCUUGGCUCAAAAUCAGUUGUGCUGCAUAAUCCAGUGGCCAGGUCAGCCCUUCAGCGCAUCUGGACUUCAUAGUCCAGUCCCAGGUCAGCCCUUCAGCACAUCUGGACUUCAUAGUGCAGUCCCAGGUCAUCACGUCUGGACUUGGUUCCCUGCCCUCUGCAGAUCAUGUUCAGAUGCAGCACCAGGUGUCUGGGGACAGGCUCCUCUGUCCCUCCCUUCUGAGUGUGUUCACAGGGAAGCAGAGGGUCAACGUGGGGAGCAUUUCUGGGUUAUUGAUUCAGAAGGAGAAGAAGCCACCAAGAAGAAUUGAGCCGUUUCUGCCGGCUGUGUCCUUCCGAGCUGUGUGAAUGUCCUGGUCAGAUCCAUGCUCUCGUCAUGGUUGUGGGGAGCCGCUGUCUUGUGGGGUGUCUACAGAGCAUGGUGGCCACACCAGCAGUCAUGGAGCCCUUCCAAGGCCUCCUGGGCAAGUGUGGUCUACCUGUAGAAGAAUCUACUGGCCAGUUUUCUGGCCCUCCCCUCUUUCACAUAAUCUUAAGCCGGUCUUCUUUCAACAGAAAGUAGUGAUUUACUCUGCAUUUUCUCCAGGUUCUAUACAAACAUGAACAAAUUUUAUAAUAGCGACCUUACAUUAAACUGAAAACAUUUGAAAUUAAAAGCCAAGCCGUUUUCCCUGCUUCGUGCUUUGCCGAGAUACUGAAAAAUAACCCUUGGUGUGCAUUUUUUUUUUUCCUGGAUGAAACCACCAUUAGCCUUAAUGAUAUGGCUCCCUAGGUAGAUAAAAAAUUAUAGACUCCAGUGGACUGUGGAGGACUGUAAAUAAGACAUGCAUAUAUAAAGUACUGAAAAUAGUCAAAUAUAUACAUAUUUGAAUGAUAUAUUUAUUUUUAAGCGUAUUUUGGAGUAACUUAAGAGGUAUUUACAAAGAACAGAAAGCAGAUGUGACUAUUAUGACAACAGGAACUCUAAAGCCCCUGUGUGCUGUCAGGCGGUCCUGGAGGACCCUCAGAGACCAGUACUGAUACUUUAUUUCUGAAGCGCCUCAAUAAAGUUUUCUAAUUAUAUGUAUAUGUAUAUAUAUAUUUUUUUUCUUUCUGAUCAAGCAAAUUUUAUUGUGUACAUAUUGCAUGUUGGCAGGGUUCUUCUCCAAGAGCCUCCUGAGAUAGGAGGGCUGGGUUGUGGGCUCUUGUGUGGCCCCCCAGAACACGUUGUUACAUUUAGACUCAGGUGUAGACACCUGUGCCAGAUCACAGCUGGUGGGCACCCUCCCUUGGGCACAGGAGAUGCCAAGGUGAACUCUGAAUUUCUUCAACACUGGCUUCUUAGGUUUGUGUGUUGGUUUCUCCUUCUAGGGCCGCUUGUCCUGAGGGCUGGCCUGCCUUACCGCCUCCUACUCUGUUUUUUUUCUAGCUUGCUUUCUUUUUUCUUAGCCAAGCUCCUCUGCUUCUGGGAAGCCAGGCUUUUGACUUGUUGGACAGGUGUGUCCUCUAGGGAUACAUUCUCCUUUCCUCCUCUUCCUCCUCCUCUUCCCAAGGUAGGUCUGAAGUCUUGUAACAUUCCUGGCCACUGAGGAGCACAGGUCCUGAGCCAGACUAAAGUCACUGGAGGAGGAAGCUCCACACUGCCAUGGUGACCAUAGGCAGGACGGAGGCCUCCAGGGAACCAGUGGUGACACAGAGAUGUACACACAGAUAUAAGCUGCCCAGAUUUUAGUUCAAGUCAAGAAGAAAAGUGAUUUUUUUUUUGUUGGGAUUUGCCCUCUGGAAGCAGGAUUGAGAUGGUCUGUCAUGCCUGCUCCGCUGGUUGGAGAGGAGGUGGGUACAUUUCCUGUGAACUGCCUACCCUGGCAUUUAUUUCUAGACCACAGCCGAUGAAUUCUAGGUAACUGGAAGUGUGACCAACACUGAAUUUGCCCGGAGGUCCACUGAGUGUCGAAUUUUAGGGUGCUGUUUGGAUAAUGGAUGAACCCUUAACACUUUUGUCCUCUAUGGGGUUCAGCCUGGUAUCUGACAGUGUCAUUUUGGGGGAUGUCUUCAAAUGAAGCCAGAUUGUUAACUGGGGAACCAAGGCCCUUUGAAAACUGGAAAAUUGACCCUUCGAGAAAAACAAAACAAAACAAAACAAAACAAAAAGCAAGCCUUCCCUCCUCGAUCACUCCCUCAGGUUAUCUUUAAGUCUAGCAGGCAGCCUGUGGGUCUUUUACCCUGGCAUGUCAGCCCUAUAGCUCAACAGCUUUGAAAAGUGGGCCAAGAAAACGUGGGCUGCCUUUUCCAAGGGUCGGGGUGGGACUUCGAGAAGGCCUUGUGUGUGAAAACAUGUUGGAAAUGGACUCGAAAGCUGUCUGAAUAAAAAGUGAACAUCUUCUCUGA